AUGAAUAUUUCAGGUUCAAUAUUAGCUUCAAGCCCGGCGUGUCUUCCUGGCAGUGACAGCGAGUUUGGGCCUGCUGUUGCUACUGGAUGCCGUCAAUUUGACUUUACUUUGUACUUCGAGCAGAUCUUCUGUUCUCUCGUACCAUCUUUGCGCCUCGUUCUUCUGUCUCCAAUUCGCGUUGCAGUAGUUUUCCGUCGCGAUAUCAAGACUUUGUCAACGCCUUUUCACGCUGCAAAAAUCGCUUUAGCAGUAGUCUACGCUGCCCUCCAAUUUGCCUUGCUGGUACUUUGGUGCCUCUCGCCAACAGAACGCACUCCAGUUUCCAUAUCCGCCGCGGUAUCUUCUUUAGUUGCCUCAGCAUUCACCUGCAUUCUAUCCCACUUCGAGCACAUCGAGUCGGUCCAUCCGUCAACCAUUAUCAACAUCUAUCUGUUCUUCUCGAUUCUCUUAGAUGCGGUGCAGCUCAGAACACUAUGGACAAUUCACAGUUUGACGACCAUUGCCAGUGUUUUCUCCGCGUCGUUCUCGGCCAAGGCAACACUGCUAAUCCUUGAAGCCAUUGAAAAGGGGUCAUUUCUGGCACCUCCUUACCUUUGGACAGCCCCAGAAGCGCUGAGCAGCGUCUACAAUCUGAGCAUCUUUUGGUGGCUCAACCGUCUUUUAAAAAGUGGUUACAGGGGAGUUCUCGCCUUUGAUGACUUAUAUGCUCUAGAUCCUGCUCUGCAGUCAGAAAAGCUCAAUAUUGAAGCACGAGACGCAUGGCAUCGAGUCGAUAAGAAUACAAAACACCCCCUUGUCAAGAGUACUUUCGAAGCAUUGAAAUGGCCUUUCCUAGCGCCUGCCCUUCCGCGACUUUGCUUGAUCGGGCUCAACUAUGCACAGCCAUUUCUAGUCAACAGAACCGUAAAAUUCGUCAGUGAACCGUCUACUGCAGAUAAUAAGAAUAUUGGCUUUGGGAUCAUUGGUGCAACCGCAAUCACCUAUGUGGGCCGAGCAAUUGCCACAGGGAGAUAUAAACAUACAACGUAUCGAAGUAUUACAGUAAUACGUGGGGCCUUGGUCUCAAUGAUAUAUUCCAAAACCCUCAGCUUAAAGUGGCCCGGGUCACAAGAUGCCCCUGUCGUGAGUUUGAUGUCUGCUGAUGUUGGUGGUAUUACCACUACCGUCGAUGGUCUACACGACAUAUGGGCAAGCAUGAUCGAGGUCGGUAUUGGUAUGUACCUAUUAUGGGUGUAUGCUGGAGUAGGCUUCAUUGUCCCACUCUUUCUCGCUGCCAUCUCCAUGUGCAUCAAUUACUUUGUGGUCGGCAAGAAAAUGGUCAGUUAUCGCAAGAUAUGGAAUGAAGCUACUCAGCAACGACUUGGACUUACAGGCUCGGCACUUUGCGAUAUGAAGAGCUUAAGGAUGAUGGGCCUUGGACCACGUUUACAGUCGCUUUUGCAACAUCUCCGAAUCCGCGAGCUGCACCGCAUGAAGGGAUUACGCCGGGCGGUCAUCUGGAUGAAUAUUAUUGGCGGCCUUGCUCGACUUUUCUCGCCCCCUUUCGUCUUAAUGGUCUACUCUGUUCGAGCCAGGGCCAGUGGAUGGCAGCCUUUAAACGCCGCCCAAGCCUACACUAUUCUAUCAGUACUCAGUCUUACCAUCGAGCCUCUAUCCAUGGUGUUGACAAGGAUUCCUUCCACAAUGUCCUCCCUUGCGUGCUUCGACAGGAUUCAGCAGUAUCUCCUUCGAGAGGAACGAGUGGAUGACAGAUUGCUCAACGGUCGGAUGGAUGUUGGAUCUCCAGAUCGAGAGUCAUCAGGCAUUGAAUUGGAAGCCAUGCCAUCAGAUGGCAAGGGAGUUCAGAACAAGGAAGCAAUCCUCCUCAGCGAUCUAUCCCUAGGCUACGUCAAGGAUACAGAUGUAGUCCAUUCUGUAACAUCAACCUUGAAAAGGAACACAAUAACCAUGAUUAUCGGACCAGUAGGAGCUGGGGAGAGCACUAUUCUCCUUGGAUUGCUUGGAGAGCUGCAAAGCAACAAAGGUUUUGUUCGCUUGGAUCAUGAAAUCAUUGGAUACUGCAGCCAGAAUGCAUGGCUACCAAAUGCUACAGUCAAGCAAAUCGUAGCUGGGACCGAUAAGACUUCGGAUGAGGUCGACGAAGUAUGGCUCCGUAGUGUCCUCCAGGCUUGUCUCCUCAAUGUCGAUAUGCAGCAAUUCCCGAAUGGAGAAGAUUCCGUCAUCGGAAGUCGGGGUCUAUCCUUGAGCGGCGGACAACGGCAACGUCUUGCCCUUGCACGAGCAGUCUACCAGAGGCCAGGUUUAAUGAUCUUGGAUGACGUCUUUAGCGCUUUGGAUGCUAAAACAGAGGGCUUGGUAUUCGAGCGUCUAUUCUCUACGUCUGGUCUCUUCAGACAGCAAGCAACCACUAUCGUUUUGGCCACACAUGCAGUUCGUCACCUCCGCUUAGCAGAUCACAUAAUUACUCUUGGCCAAAAAGGCAACGUAAUUGAGCAAGGCACUUUCGCAGAGCUCGACUCUACAGACGGAUACCUCAAGUCAUUGGCCAUUGCAGAGGCAAAGAAAGAUGGGAGAAAAUCAACUGAUACAGAAGAAGAAAAUUCUAACUCUCGAGCGGUCACUGCUCCCUCUCAUGCUACCACCACGGGUGACGAUGCGAGGCGGCUUGGAGACUUUUCAGUCUACAAUUAUUACAGGAAGGUACUAACCUUGUGGCGUCUAUUACUCUUCGUGGUUCUUGAAGAGCUUCUUGUCGAGUGGUGGAGCGCCGCGAAGGGCCGCCACACCGAUUUAUUCAUAACAAUCGCUUUCUUGCUGCCUGUUUUGGCACUAAUCACACAAAUUACCUACUUGCGCAUUAUUUUGGUCAAUAUGUGCCCACUUGCGAGCCGGCGUCUGCACUGGAUACUUGCACGUGUCGUGUUUGCAGCCCCAUUGGCUUUCUUUAUGGAUAUUGACAGUGGUCUUCCGAUCGCGCUGUUACAAUCUAUCCAUUACAUGUUUGAGGUCCUUUGGAGCCUUGCUCUGUUGUGUUACGCUGCCUAUUACUUGGUUGCAUUUGUCCCGUUCCUAGGAGUAGUGGUGUACGCAAUCCAAAAGUUCUAUCUGAGAACCAGUCGACAAAUCCGGGUUCUCGAUCUUGAACUACAGUCUCCCCUGGUGGCUCAGUUUUCGGAGAUAAUUGAAGGGCUAGCCACCAUUCGAGCGUUCGGCUGGCAAGAAAAAUCACUUAAGGCUUUCCUCGACAGAUUGGAUGCGUCACAGCGGCCAUUCUAUCUACUUUACUGUAUUCAGCGGUGGCUUAACUUCGUUAUGGAUAUGGUGGUUGCCUGCAUAGCAGUUUUGCUGGUGAGCUUCGGCACACAGUUCAAGAACACAACUUUAGGGGCGGCAGUUGGUGUCGGCCUCCUCAACGUACUAAAUUUCGGGCAGAAUGUUGCAGCUCUAAUUGAACACUGGACCAGCUUGGAGACAUCAAUAGGUGCAGUUGCCAGGCUCAAGCAACUGGAAGCGGAUAUCAAGCCGGAGGCCUUUCCCAGCGAGGCGUCAAAGCCUCCGGAAAAUUGGCCUAAAGAUGGCGCCGUAUCAUUUCACAAUGUCUCUGCCAGCUACAAAGCCAAUUCGAGUCCCGUCCUACACGAGAUAAAUCUGGAAAUCAGGGCUGGAGAGAAGAUCGGUCUCUCCGGUAGGACAGACAGUGGCAAGUCGACAAUGAUAGGUCUCCUUUUUCGUCUCGCCCCCGAGCACACCGGUACUAUCACUAUUGACGAUCAAGACCUCUCUUUACUCCCCAGAGAGGAGAUCCGCAGUUCUAUAAUCACAAUACCGCAAGAGCCAUUCCUACUUUCUGGCAGCGUUCGUUUCAACGCCACUCCACUUACUGCCAAUAUCAUGUCCGAAGCCGAAUCGCAACGGUUCAAAGCCCCGGAGGCAGCAAUGAUCACCAGUUCAAAUUUAAUACAACCGGUGUCCGACGAGACCAUCAUAGGCGCCUUGAAACGAGUGUCCCUCUGGGACCAAGUCGAGCGAAGUGGCGGCCUCUCGGAGCCAAUCGACUGCUACGAUCUCCCUUCACUUUCGUCGUCGUCGAGCUGGCGCAGAGCUUCCCAACCAGUAGGCGUGGGGCCUCCCUCGAGGGUUGACGCGGUAUUGGAAGGAGGCUGGCUCGGUUCUGACAGUGCCCUAGGAAAGCCCACACCUGGCACCAAACUUCUUCACGACAUUCGAAUACCAGCUCGCUGUCUGUGA